UCGGCACUAUUCUAUAAUCUACGGUAACAUUGACAGAUAGUCGUCAAGUUGCAAUUAAAAUACGUGAAAGGGGAUGUGAUCCAGUUGUUUUUGAGUUAAUUCAACAAUUAGUUUUAGUUUGUUUUACAGUUAAAUUUUUGUAGUGAAUUCUAGUGUUUACAGUCAUUGUUGCAAAGACUAAACAAAUUUUAAGCAAAGUGCGUUUACACAAUCACUUAACAUUACAGGGAUAUCUUAAAUUGUGAUUUGUUAGUGCUGUAUAAAAUAAUUGCGUGACGCAAUAAGCAGUUCAAAUAGUUUGUUGAAAUGGCUGAGACGAGUGAAGCGCAGGCCAGUGCGUCGGCGCCCGGCGGAGACGGCAGCGAGGAUGACAAACGGGAUGAACGAAUGCUGGAGUGUAAUAUCUGCUUGGAUACAGCUCGGGAUGCCGUGGUCAGCAUGUGCGGACACCUAUUUUGCUGGCCCUGCCUGCACCAGUGGUUGGAGACGCGGCCGAGCCGGCAGGUGUGCCCCGUGUGUAAGGCUGCAAUAAGCAGGGACAAAGUCAUACCCCUCUAUGGUCGGGGGAACACCAAGCAGGAGGACCCCAGAAAUAAGGUGCCGCCGCGGCCGGCGGGGCAGCGCUCGGAGCCCGAGAGCGCGGGCGGCUUCCCAGGCUUCGGCUUCGGCGAGGGCUUCCACAUGUCCUUUGGCAUCGGCGCCUUCCCCUUCGGCGUCUUCACCUCCACAUUCAACUUCGGCGACCCGCGGCCCAGCGCAGCGCCGCGCGGCACAGCGCAGUACGACGAGGAGCAGUUCCUGUCCAAGAUCUUCCUGUGGGUGGCCAUCCUCUUCGUGUUGUGGUUGAUAUUCGCAUGACCCGCGCGACUCACUCCCGCCACAACACCGCGUGCGUCUCCUCAGAGGACUUAUCCUCUAACAUCACUUGAUUCCUAAAUUUAAUUUUUGAAUAUCGCGACAGGUUUUAAAUGCGCUAGGUUUAUGGUGUAAUAAUACAAAUUGCAUUUUAUUGUAAUAUUUGAAUACAUAGUUAACAUGCCGAAGCCGUACUAUCUUUGUCGUAUGUGCUCAAUGCGCAUCAAUUUAAUAAAAAUAUAUUUUAAAACAGUGUAAGAAAGCAAAAUCAUCGUCACAAAGCUCACAUAAAUUAUUAAAAACUAAUUCUACUGUCACUUCAAAACAACAUCGAAUUUAACUUAAA